AUGUCUCUUCUAACGAUAGACCUAUCGGACUACUUGUCAGGCACAAACACGCUCGAGCAGGAUAAGGACCUUGCUGCUGAACUCCGUAACGCCUAUGAGACUAUUGGCUUCGCCUACAUCACGGGCUGGCAGUGCCUAGUAGCUCCAGAGCUGAUUAAAAAGGUGUUUCAAUACAAUGAGCAGUUCUUCGACCUCCCACAAGCUACCAAGGAUAACUCCAAUCGAGGGUAUCUGUCCUUCGGUAGAGAGCAGGCCUCCUUGAGCGCAGAACCCUCCAAGAUUGCCACCGAACGAGAAAUAGCCAAUGACCAGAAAGAGACAUUUGAGAUUGGAAACGACUCAGACCCACUUUACCCAGAGCACUGGCCUAAUGAGAACGACAUCCCCGGAUUCAAAGAGACGAUGAAUACGUUUCAUGUUGCUUGUCAUGAAUUGCACCUGCGUAUGAUGGCCUUGCUCGCACUCUCGCUCAAUCUGGACAUAGACUUCUUCUUACACGUUGUCAUGCCCUCCGGUGAACCCAUGGUCUUUUGCCACAGCCGGCUGGGUGCGCACACAGAUUUCGGGACUGUGACGCUUCUAUGGCAAGAUAUGUGUGGCAGGCUGCAGGUAUCCGGACCAGACGGUUCAUGGGUCGAUGUAAAACCUAACCCAGGAUCAGAGGUUUUCGUUGUUAAUCUGACGCGACGGUCUAACAACCUGCUCAAAAGCACCGUUCAUCAUGCUGUUCUCCCACUGAAGCCUGGACAGGACCCUUUGAAAACGCCGACUCGGCGCUCUGUGGCGUAUUUUUGUAAUCCUGAUCCAGAAGCCAUGAUUGAAUGCAUCCCUGGGCUCGGGGAGUCAUUGUACGAGAAAAUAAAUGCAGGAGAGUAUUAUGCGCAGGCCCUCAAAGGUGAAAUUGGUGUCUGA